UGACCAGCCCACCAGACUGGAGUUUCCACGACAGCUGAAAAGCUGUUAAUGCGUGUUUUUCCCCCCCACCUGUACCGUUGAUCAUUUCUAACUCCUCAGGGGCCUAGUUUUGUAGAAUGGGAGACAAGAAGAGUCCCACAAGGCCGAAGCGGCAGUCCAAGCCGUUCACCGACGAUGGGUACUGGGACUGCAGCGUGUGCACGUUUAAGAACAGCGCCGAGGCGUUCAAGUGCUUGAUGUGUGAUGUCAGGAAGGGAACGUCAACCCGAAAGCCACGACCCGUUGCUCAGCUUGUUGCACAGCAAGUAAAUCAACAGUUCGCAUCGCCGACACAUCCCAAAAAAGAGAAGAAAGAAAAAUCCGAGAAGGACAAAAGUGACAGAGAUACAACACUGAAAAAGAAAAACCAGAAAAGGAUGAGCAGGCCCAGGUUAAAGAACGUAGACAGGAGCAGUGCCCAGCAUCUGGAGGUCACGGUCGGAGACUUGACUGUAAUUAUCACAGACUUUAAGGAGAAAGUUAAAUCCACAUCUUCCUCAGUGAGCGCUGCCUCAGCAGACCAGCACAGCCAAAGUGGCUCGAGCUCCGACAACACUGAGCGAGGAGUCUCCAGAUGCUCCUCGCCCCGCGGGGAGACUUCGUCGAUUAACGGAGAGACUCACUAGCCCCCACGCUCCCAGUUGGCGUAACACACUGAUCUGCACUCUCCACAGUCUCAGUCAGAGAAUAAACUUCAACAUGCACAUUUUUCUUCAUAUAAAACCUUAAAUGUCAGUAUGAUAGCAUCCACUUCCAUUUGAGGUUGUACAUUUCUCUGCCUUCCCCAUGUUUUACCCUGUGUGAUCGGUUCCAGGCUCUCCUGCAGCUAUCAUGAUGAACUGAAAAUGGAGCAGUAGCAUUAAAACUCGGAUGUCUGUGUGUAGCCAUGCCACAUUUCUUGGUGCUUCAACAGUGUUGCAUCAGCGUCACAGACUGAUUGUUGCUGCACACAAUAAAUAAUUAGGUCAUGGUGAAAAUGUGAAGAAAUCAUCUCAGAAUAAUAGUUUUUUUUUUUCUCAACAUAAUUUGCACUUGUUGCCAAUCUUGUGUUAGUAACAAUUUUUUUUUUUGCAUUAUUUUCAUGUUUGUGUUAUAACACUGUUGGUUACCUGCCUUUUCCGGCACACAUUUUAUGCCAUUGAAUGCAAUAACUGUUUUACCGUCUAACAUCUAAAUACAAUUUUACUAAGCAAGCUUUGCCCUCAGUUUGUAGAGACAAGUCUGAUUUAAUCUAUAGAAUUGUUUAUAUUGUAAGAAAUUGAAUAAAAUGAAUUGUAGAUAUAUUAAUGUUUCUGAUUUUAUUUUUUUAUGGAAGAUUUACAAUUACUUGUGAUGUGUCUGGUACUUGCAUAUUUCCUUGUUCAGCAGUCAUCUCCAAGCUUUGCAGUUUACAUUACAUUUCUUAACACCUGUACUUCACAGUUAAAAUUCUGCUCAAGUUUUAUGAUAAGCCCUCUCAAUUUAAUAUAAAGUAAUGCCCAAUCAAAGGUUUUGGGAAGUUUCACAAAGUGUGGCAUUUUGCUGGGUUCAGUGCUUUAACUUGCACCCUACAGUGGCAUAUUCAGGAUGUGGGUAAGAACUGUUGCAUUAUUUUGUUUUGUUAUAUCAGUGUCAGAAGUAUCCUAUCUGAACUAAGGUAAUAAAAAUACAUUU